AUGAGAUAUUUGACUCGGGCCUUGACUUCUAUUGUGCUCGCCAGCUUCAGUGUGAAUGCCUGGGCGUUCCGGCCUGGCGACGGCGGCUAUCGACAAGAGCUAUUGCAUCCGAACCUAGGUUUCCCGACUUUGUACAACGAUGGACUUUUCACGCCAUUCGAAGACUUGUCGACUCUUUCAGAAACCGAUUUCACAACCUUGACGCACCCGGCGUUCCCCAGGCAUAGCGUUCGAAUCAAACAGACCAAGUUUUGUGACAAUACCGUUCGGGCUUAUACUGGCUACAUCGACAUUGGACCCCGCCACCUUUUCUUCUACUUCUUCGAAAGUCGCAGCCGACCCAACAAGGAUCCUGUCGUACUAUGGACGAACGGAGGCCCAGGAUGCUCCUCCUCUCUAGGUCUUUUCAUGGAACUCGGGCCUUGCAGGGUUACAGACGCAAAUACCACCACUUUCCACAAGGAGUCCUGGAAUAACAACGCCAAUAUCUUCUUCAUUGACCAGCCUAUCGGGGUGGGCUUUUCGUACGCGGACUACGGGGAGGCAGUGGGUACCUCAGAAGAAGCCGCCGGAGACAUAGCGGGGUUUGUUCGUAUGUUCUUUGAACAUUUCAGCGAAUUUAGAGGACGGCCGUUCCACCUUGCUGGGGAGUCGUAUGCUGGGCGAUACCUUCCUAUUUUUGCGGCGUACAUCUACGACCAGAAUGUCGAGCUGAAGAAACACGGAAUCGCGCCUAUUAAUCUGACUUCGGUCAUGAUUGGCAAUGGAUAUACCCACCCGAACACUAUGGUCGAGUCCUACUACGAUAUGGCCUGCACUGUGACAGAGGCACGCGGACCCCCCGUUCUCGGUGUUCGGGAAUGCGUCCGGAUGAAGCAAGCUCAGAUACGAUGCAAGAAGUGGAUGGAAAAGGCGUGCAUGGAGCCCACUUUCGACGAGCUAGGCUGCGCUGCUGCAGCCUCAUUCUGUCAGGUUGAGUUGGGCGCACCUUUAAUAGCUUCAGGCAAGAACCCGUACGACCUCAGCCGAGAAUGCGAUGGAACUAUCGAAGAUACCCUGUGUUACCCGAUUUCCAAAAAAAUAUCGGCGUAUCUCGAUAAACCUGACGUCCGCAAACUCAUUGGAGUCGACCCCUCCCUCAAGAACCGCAAUUUCUCCUCCUGCUCAGACAAAGUCAGCAACGACUUUGUCGUGCGCCUCGACCCACUUCGCUCGACUGACCACUACGUAGCUGCUCUCCUGGAGCACGGAAUCAAGGUUCUCAUCUACGUUGGCGUGAACGAUUGGAUCUGCAACUAUAUUGGGAACUCGAGAUGGGUCUCGGAUUUGGACUGGAGUGGCAGGGAAGGGUAUGGGAAUGCGGUCACUCGGGAUUGGUACACGUCGGCUUCGUUCACUGAGAGUUCGUUGAAGAGGAAGUUGGUGAAGGCGGGUACUGUGCGAGAGUAUGGAGGUUUGACGUUCCUGACUAUUGAUGGUGCUGGACACAUGGCGCCCUACGAUAAGCCCGAGGAGCUGUUGGACAUGGCAUCGCGAUGGCUCGAUGGGAGAAAGUUUACUUAGUAGUGGGUCGCAAUCCGACGCACAGUGAUGCCCAACUUGUAACGGCCUUGUAACUGCAAUCUUAGCUCGUUC